AUGGCUUUGCUGUGUACCCGGCUCUUGUUGCGGAAUUCCACCCGCAAUUACCAUUUUUAUCGGAUAAAAGACCUCUCGGUGCAAAACUGUAAACCAGGACACAAAGUGAAUGUAAAAGGAUGGGUCAAAUCCGUUCGCAACAUGAAGGGAAACUUGUUUGUGGACAUAAACGAUGGUUCGGCACCGCAAAACUUUCAACUAGUCAUUAACAAGGAGAAAAACAUCGACACUGCUUACGGUUCUUCGGUCGAAGCGUGUGGUGUAGUCGUUGCUUCACCAAAAAACCAGCUCGAGCUGCACGUAGACUCGUUAACCGAGCUGGGGAAAUGUCCCCUGACCGAGGGCUAUCCUUUUUAUCCAAAAAAAUCGUACCCCCCAGAGUACAUCCGAAAUCACUUGCAUUUGCGUUCGCGCGUUAACUCCAUGGCGUCGACGUUUCGGGUGCGACAUGAGGCCACACGAGCAUUCAACGAGUACCUGCAGCAGGAUGGCUUUGUCCAGAUCCACACACCCGUGCUAACGUCCAACGAUUGUGAAGGUGCAGGGGAAGCUUUUCUGGUGAAACCACUGAACGAUCAGCUAUUGAAGGGUAUGGCAAAGGAAAACAUUCCCCUCGAACAUGCGUAUUUCGAUAGACCCACCUUCCUGACAGUUUCCGGCCAGUUGCAUCUGGAAGCGAUGUCACAUGGGUUGGACAAGGUGUACACUUUCGGGCCAACGUUCCGGGCCGAAAACUGCAAGUCAAACAUUCACCUGUCCGAGUUCUACAUGCUGGAGCUGGAGGAAGCAUUUAUGGACACACUCGAGGCGCUAAUGCAACGGGUCGAAGAUAUGUUGAAGAAGGUUACUACCAGCGUAAUUAAAAGAAGCGCUGCGGAUUUGCGUUUAGUCAGAAAGUUAACUACCGAAGGCAAGCUCGAGAAAGACUUUCAUUGGAUGGACAAGCCAUUCCCACGGCUGACGUACGAAGAAGCAAUGAACAUUCUGGAAGCGAAUGAAGAUAAGUUAAAGUCACCCGUUCGUCGUAAGGAAGGCAUCAAUAAGGAACAGGAAUUGUUUCUGGUCGAACACUGCCAGGGUCCGGUAUUUGUGUGCUACUGGCCAAAGGAGCUGAAGUCGUUCUAUAUGCGCGAAAGCGCCACAAAUCCUCUGCUUGUCGACGCAUUAGAUCUUCUAGUUCCACAUGUUGGAGAACUGGUGGGUGGCAGUGUCCGUGAGGAUAGCUACGAACGUCUGGAACGAAAGCUUCCAAACCAGGACGUUCUGCAGUGGUAUUUGGAUCUGCGGAAAUUCGGAAGCGUCACGACAGCAGGUUUCGGGCUGGGAUUUGAGAGGUAUUUGGGGUGGCUUUUAAAUGUCCACAACAUAAAGGAUGUGAUACCGUUCCCACGGUGGGCACAUAACUGCGUGAUGUAG